AGGAAACAAACCCAACAAAAACGUUGCCGACUACCCCUCAACCUCCAACCCUGAAGCUCUUGCUUAACCAUGGUUACUUUUCUUAUCAUCCACCGUCUGCACAUGCAGUUAGGAUUUAGAGAGCAGAACUAACGCCCCCACCUCUCUCUCUUUCUCCCUCUCUCAACUUCACGUUACUGGAAGAAGAGAGAAGUUUGCAUUUUUGGUUCUCAAAUUACUGUCUGACUGUUUGUUUUCCGGGGACUGUCACAUUCUUGGUAUAUUUUCCAGCACAAGAAGUUGUUAUCUUGCUUCCCAACAGAAAUACUGGUGUGUACCUUCUUUCAAUUUUGUGUGUGUGUGUUUUAUUCUUUCUAUAUUUAUGCAUAGAUUGAGGGUUAUAUAUUUCUGGGCUUUCUCUAAUUGGUGGGUAACUUAGAUUUAGAGCCUGUGAGAUCCGAAACUAGAAAUAUAACCAAUUGGGGCGACUUGAAAAAGAUGUAUUGGAGGGUAAGAACUAAGAUGGGUUUCUUAUUGAUGUAUUUGUUGUUCAUCUGUUGAAUGAAGUAAGUGGAUUUGAAUUUGUGGGGAAGAACUUAUUUUAUUUAUUUAUUUAUUUUUAUUGUUUUUGGUAUAGAUAGAUUUCAACUGGGUAUUGUAAAUUUCAAGUCUUAUUUAGUUUGUGGGUGGUGUUGAGAUGAAAAUAGAGGUAGGUAUGGGGGGUUUGGCGUGGAAUAACGAGGAAAGGGCCUUGCUUGCUCUGGUUUUGGGCACUCGAGCUUUUGAUUAUCUCAUGUCAAGCUCAGUUUCUGCCGAAUGCUCUUUAAUGGCAGUUGGUGGUGAUGAGAAUUUGCAGAAUAAGCUCUCAGAUCUCGUGGACGGCCCAAACGCGGACAAUUUUAGUUGGAAUUAUGCCAUUUUCUGGCAAAUUUCGCGGUCCAAGUCCGGCGACCUGGUUUUAGGAUGGGGAGAUGGGUCUUGUAGGGAGCCAAAGGAAGGGGAGGAGGAAUCGGAAGUUUACCGAAUUCUGAAUAUUCCGCUGGCGGAUGACACCCAACAGAGGAUGAGGAAAAGGGUACUUCAGAAAUUGCACACACUGUUUGGGGGUUCAGAUGAGGAUAGUUAUGCUUUUGGACUAGAUAGGGUUACGGAUACUGAGAUGUUCUACCUAGCAUCCAUGUACUUUUCAUUCCCUCCAGGUCAAGGCGGCCCGGGGAGGUGUUUCGCAUCAGGGAAGCACAUAUGGCUCUCGGAUGCAUUGAGGGCACCAUCUGAUUACUGUGUCCGAUCAGUCCUAGCGAGGUCUGCUGCUAUUCAGACAAUUGUUUUGAUCCCAACUGAUGUAGGAGUGGUAGAAUUGGGAUCAGUUAGAUCCAUACCAGAAAGCUUGGAGGUGUUGCAGUCAAUAAAAUCAUCCUUCUCGUCCCUUGGCUCACUCAUCAGGGCCAAGCCGAUGAUGACUGUACAGCACACCAGUGACAAGAAAGAUGGAAAUGCCCAUUUCUCUAAUCUGGGUAUUGGGGAGAGAAAGGAUGGAAUUCCAAAGAUUUUUGGGCAGGAUUUGAACUCGAGUCGUUCUCAAUUUAGGGAAAAACUCGCUGUUAGGAAGGCGGUGGAGAGGCCGUGGGAAGUGUGCUCAAAUGGGAAUAGGUUUCAAGCUCCAAAUACUCAAAAUGGGUUUCAUGGUUCAAACUGGACACAAUUCCAUAGUCCAAAGCAGGGGAUGACUGUUGAAAGUUUCAAUCAGACUCCAACAAAUAAUCUUCAAGAGCUUGUUAAUGGUGUUAGGGAUGAAUUUCGGCUUAACCAGUACCAGCCUCAAAAGCAGGUGCUAAUGCAAAUUGAUUUUGAAGGGGCCACUUCAAGGCCUUCUGUUAUUUCCCGGCCAGUUAGUGUUGAGUCCGAGCAUUCAGAUGCUGAGGUUUCAUGCAAGGAAGAGCGGGCAGCCCCAGCUGAUGAAAAGAGGCCACGGAAACGGGGCCGCAAACCUGCUAAUGGAAGAGAAGAGCCCCUCAAUCAUGUAGAGGCGGAAAGGCAGCGACGGGAGAAGCUGAACCAGCGGUUCUACGCGUUACGAGCUGUUGUGCCCAACAUCUCAAAGAUGGACAAAGCCUCCUUGUUGGGAGAUGCCAUUGCUUACAUCACUGAGCUUCAGAAGAAGCUCAGAGACAUGGAAUCAGAGAAGGAUAAAUUCGGGAGCACUUCAAGAGAUCCAUCGAUUUUGGAGGCUAAGCCAAAUUUGGAAAAUCAAAACCAAGUUCCAAACAUCGAAAUCCAAUCUGUCCGUGAUGAAGUUAUUGUGAGGGUGAGCUGCCCUUUGGAUACCCACCCCGUAUCAAGAGUCAUUGAAGCAUUCAAAGAGGAGCAGAUCACUGUUGUUGAGUCAAAUCUUGCCGCAGGGAAUGACACAGUGUAUCAUACAUUUGUGAUCAAGUCUCAAGGAUCUGAGCAGCUGACAAAGGAAAAAUUGAUUGCAGCAUUUUCCCGCGAAUCCAACUCUUUUAGGUGAUUUGGGUAACAAGAAAAUUGUAUUAACAUAGUUUUUAAUCAUAUAUGUAGUGAAGAAACCAUUCAAUAGCUUAUGCAAAGGUUUUGGUAUACGGUAAUGUAGGUUAGAAGUAGAAAAAUUAAUACCUAAUGACCAAGUAGGCCAGCAAAUUUGUGUGUGUGUUUCUAGUAUACGUAUGCUGUCAUAAGGAGCUAUUCUUGCAAGAUGAAUUGAGUUUGUAAGUUUAACCAACUCUGUCAUUGCUACUUACUUUUCUAGGAGUUGAUAAACUUCUUUUGUUUUUUUAUGCUUGUGGAAUUGUUUCUCUAAUCUUAUAUACCUUAUCUCCUCCGCUUUUCUCUAAA